AUGUCGGGCACCCUCGAUUGGUCGCAUGCCAGCUGGGACUCAACAGCUCGAUACAGUCUUACGGUAGACAUUGUCAACACUUAUCUGAAGGAACUUUUUGGCAAUUGGAAUUUUCUUACGAAGUUUACUGAUUCCGACACAAUAAAAUUCUGGGUUCCAAGGAAAUUAUCCGAUGCUGAAAAGGAUGAGCUGAAAUCGAGAGGGUAUUAUUGA